GGCUGUUAAGCUUGUCGUGCCACCCCACAUUUUGUCCUCGAAAGAUCUGCGUUGUCAGCCUGUCGUACGAUCGUGCGGUCGCUAAAACGAUAGCCGCGAUAUAAAGCACCCCGCCAGCAUGUUUGCGACACGCAGCGCUCGCUCUACCCUACGCUCUUUGUCCAUCUCCUUCUAUCGUACAAUGGCUCACCAAGCGCACGAAGUUGUCAUUGUCGCCGCCAGUCGCACUCCCGUCGGCUCUAUCAACGGCACUCUCAAGACCUUAACUGCGCCGGAGCUCGGUGCUGUCGCCCUCAAGCACGCUUUCGAGACGUCAAAGGUGGACCCGGGAGUAGUCGAAGAAAUUUACUUCGGCAAUGUCGUCCAGGCAGGUGUCGGCCAGUCGCCAGCGCGUCAAGUCGCCCUCAGCGCUGGCAUGAGGACCAGCUCGGACGCGACUACGAUCAACAAGGUCUGCGCUAGCGGUAUGAAGUCUAUCAUGCUUGCUACCCAGAGCAUCCAGUCCGGCUACAAAAGUGUGGUAGUUGCCGGUGGUAUGGAAAGCAUGAGCAAUGCGCCUUUCCUAAUUCCCCGCAAUCCCCCCGUAUUCGGCAAGUUUGAGACCAAGGACUCGCUAGAGAACGACGGCCUUUGGGACGUCUACAACAAGUUUGCUAUGGGCAACUGCGGUGAGCACGCCGCCGAGAAGUACAGCAUUACCCGCGAAUCGCAGGAUGCCCAUUGUAUCGAGUCCUACAAACGUGCUGAGCGCGCCUGGAAAUCUGGUGCCUUCGACGCAGAGAUCGCACCCGUUGCGAUCAAGACCAAGAAGGGAGAGACUGUCGUUCGCGAGGAUGAGGAAUACAAGCGCGUCAUUUACGAGAAGGUUCCAACCCUGAAUCCCAGCUUCAAGAAGAACGGCGGCACCAUCACACCUGCAAACUCUUCGAGUUUGAACGAUGGUGCUUCUGCCCUGAUCCUCAUGUCUGCUGAGAAAGCGAAGGAGCUCGGCGUUAAGCCUUUGGCUAAGGUUAUCUCGUAUGCGGAUGCUGGCGUCGAUCCGAUUAAUUUCCCCGCCGCUCCUGCUGUCGCGCUUCCCAUCGCGCUGAAGAAUGCGGGCUUGACUAAAGAGGAUAUCUCGCUGUACGAGGUUAACGAAGCCUUCUCUGUCGUCGUUCGCAUUGUUGAGAAAGAGCUCGGCAUUGACUCAUCAAAGAUCAAUGUCAAUGGUGGUGCUGUCGCCCUUGGCCAUGCCAUCGGUAACUCGGGCGCCCGUAUUAUCGUCUCGCUGGUGCAUGCUCUUCAGCCUGGCCAGUAUGGUGCGGCUGGUAUCUGUAAUGGGGGUGGCGCCGCUUCCGCACUCGUUAUCCAGAAACUGUAAAUUAUCGGGACUAUUAGGACUUCAUCGUGUAAUUUGUUUUAUCUGUACACUCGCUAUCAUACUUGCUAUAUCAUCUGGUUUCCCGGAGAU